AUGGCACCUUCCCUUAACCCGCUUCGGCCGACCCACUCGUCCCGACCCUCUUUAUCGAGCCAACAAGGCGGAUCGCACCCAUUCUCUCCCUCGGCACAGACGACCACCUCGUCUCAAGGCGGUUACAGCUACUCCCAAUACGGUGGCUACUCGAGCACUUCUCCCGGGCUCCCACCGAACCAAGCCCCUCCUUCUCAAAACCCACCCCGAUCGGGCAAAAAGUUGGACCAGGCGAGGGAUGUCGCCAAGGUGCAUUAUCAGGCGCUCAGGGCGUUCUUGUGGACAUGGUUGGAGAACGAAUCCCCCACAUCGAGAGCGUCUGCUAGGGAAAAGUUGACGAGGUUGACCAGGAGUCAGUUCCAGGAGCUGAGCACGGACGUGUAUGACGAGUUGGUCAGGAGGAGGGAUGCCGAAGAGGGAAACUCUGCUGAAGCACCGUUCCUGCCCGUUAGAGAGGAUUUCCACCCGAAGCGAAAUCAAGCUCGUCAAAAGCUCGCAACCUUGCCUAAAAACCGGUUCAAGGAUCUGGGAAGCGAUGUAUAUUUCGAGCUCAAGCGACGUUGGCCCGAGUUCGCCGAAAGCGUACAGGUGAGCGAUGAUGAGCUUUGGGAUGGGAUGUCGCCGACGGUGGAUAGUCCCACAUCAGCUUACCCCCCGACUGCGGGGGCCAACAUUCACGACAACCUGGCACGUCGGUCGGACGAACCUCCUAUGCCUACUCGCGACCGCGCGCUCUCGCCGGCGAACAACCAGCAAGCCCGUAACUCGGGGAACAACCAGACCUCACCUGCCAAGAACAAGAAUCCUCCUCCCGAUAGACUCGUCCCGGGACCCGCUCGUCGACCAUCCCAGAUGGACAGGGCCCCAGGUCUGCCUUCGUCGCAAUCUCAGAGCGGGUUGCAAUCUCUCAGCGGGUCUUCGAUGAACGACACUGUCGUCCCGAACAAAAGCACCAUGACGGAAGAGAGGAUCGAAGUGCCAUACGCUAGGGAAGGCAGAGAUAAGGACCUAGAGGAAGAGGACGACCCGUCUCCAAGAAACCGAAACAUAACACCCAAUAACCUGUCCAACGGCGACCGGACCUCCAGUUAUAGCAAUUCAUCACAGUUGCAACGAACGCGGAGCGAGAUGCAGCGGGGACUCUCGCACGAAAAUCGUUCUCCUUCGAUCACGUCCUUGUCCACAGCGACAGCGACUGGUGCUAGCGGAGGUAUAACGGCUACGGCCAUGGCGGAUCUCAUGAAAGAACGCAAAGCCCGCUCGGAAGCCGAGACCAAGUCGGCUGGUUUAGAGCGUCGGCUAUCCGCACUAGAGAAGGAAGUCAAGGCUGCGACCGAACGAGAGAAGUGGGAGCGCGAUCGAGCAAAGGAGCUUGAAGAGGAAGUGCGAAGCCAUAAAGAGCGAUCAUCGAACCAUGCCAACGAAUUAUGGUCGAUGCAGCGGGAACUCGAUACCGUUCGUUCUCAAGCUGAAACUCUCAAGCGAGAAGUCGAGACCGCCCGACAAGGUGACGAUGUGCAGUUGAAACAUCUCAAGGAACGGUGCACCCAGCUCGAGCGAGAAGCCGAACAUGCUCGAGAACAGUUGAGCCGUGCCAACCGUACCCUGGACGAGAAUGACUCGGCGGAAGCGAUCAAGGAACUCCAAAACGAGCUGAUCAUCCUUAUGGAGGAACUCAAGGCGGUGUCCACGCGUAACGAGGAGCUCUUGGUCGAAAGGGACGAGGACGCAGAGACAAUACGUAAACUAGAAGCCGAUGCUGCCGACUACAAGCGCAAAUGGGAGACUACUCGAACGCAGUUGCGGAAUCUUAAAGCCACCUCCACUAUGUUCGUCUCGAAGCCGAUCACAGAUGACCACAUGCCAGCCUCUCUUGACGGUAAUAUCGCCGAUGUACAUGUGACUGCGUUCCAAAGCGCAAUCGACAAUCUGCUUGCGAUCGCUCGAUCGAGUCAACCGACCGGGGUCUUGCAAGCCAUGAAAGGCGUCGUCGAGUCGAUUAACGAUAUCUCCGAGGACGUCCAUGAUUGGGAGAGCGAGCCCAACUUUACCAUCGAUCAGACUCAAUUGGACGUCUGCAAGCACCAGUCUUCAACGACGUUAAACGCUCUGAUGCAGGCCGCUCGGAAUCACGCCAUGUCGGCAGGCUUGUCGCCGAUUAGUCUGCUGGAUGCCGCAGCGAGUCAUGUUUCGGCGAACGUUGUCGAGAUAAUCAAGCUCUUGAAGAUUCGGAAGACAAUCAAAACCAGCGCUUCGACAACAUCACUCUCUCGCAAGAGCUUCAGCGAGAUGCAAACCAGACGCAGCUUCUCUUCCGGCUCUGUCAUUGCCGGUAAAGGCGAUCAUUCCAGGGAACAGCGCCAGUCGCCCCCUCCAUCGCCUGGCGAGUCGCUGCUCAGCCCUUUACAACCGAGCUUCAGCCAGGGACCGCCUCUUUCACCGGGUUUCCGAGGCGGACGAGCGGACUCCGUGAUAUCUACUUCGUCGGCAGGUCAACGCAGCGACGCGUUUGACUUAGACCGCAAAGCAUCCGUCCUGGGCAACAGGCAACAUCAACAGUUCGCGUCGGACUUGGCGCCGAACAUGCCAGUGCAACGUCAAACCCCUGACCGAUACUCGCCUCAACCACCAUCUGCUUCGAUAGCACCGAGAUCCUGGCCCAGUCCCGAGCCACCAUAUCAACAUCGGUCAGAAGAGCGCAGGAUCUCUUCGCCGCUCAGGUCUCCAGGGAGGUCAAGUCCGGGUAGACAAUCCCCUACGCACGUCACAGAUCUGCCAGAAUCGACGACAGAGCAAAGACCUAGGAGAAACAGCGGAGAAUGGGAAGAAGUCAAGCCUUACCUCUCAACCCAAUCCUCCGCGCUAGUCAAUUCGAUUCAGCAGCUCCUGGCGGAGAUUCGUAACGGCAACAACGCCAACGGGACCUCGUCGACUUCUGCAUUGAACGAUCACCUUUCGGAAGUCAUAGCGAUUGGCUCUUCCAUCGUUGCCGUUGCAUCGGGUGUCCUUCCGAACGAGGAUGAUGGCCCAGAAGGAGUCGAGGCGCAAAGAUUACUGGCCGAGCUAAUGCAUUCCACAGACAAGCUGAGCACUCACCAGAGUGCGACCGAGUUCACUAAGGCCGCUAGACAGGAGAUCGCUAGUGCUGCAUUUGGCAUGGCCAAAGCCCUUAGGGGUUUAAUGAAGGUCCAAUAG